AUGUCAUUCGACAACCAAGCAUACUUAGCAGAUCAGAAUACUGCCCAUCGUCUAGAUAAUGACUUAUAUUUCGGUUCCCUAGAAACAUUAUCUACACAACUCCAAUCUAUAAAACAAAAUAAUAUUAGAUUCUUCAUUGCUAUUGAUAUUCCAAGUGAACAGUGUGCACAAUUGUAUAAUCAAGUCAUCUCAAACCUUUAUGAAUCCAAAGAUGACGUCAUAAUGAUCAAUUUUGAAUCAAUUAAUUCCAAUAUAAAUGAAAGUUCAUUUCAAUCAGAUGAAUUAUUAACAUCUUACCGUUGGAAUAAUACUCGUUUACUUCAAAAUUUGGUAAAUUCACUAAUAACACCCUCUCCAAUACCUUCUCCGACUCAUUCAGAGAAAAACCUUAAUAUAAUGAAUUAUAAUAAUAACAUUCAUGAAAAUUAUAACUCAAACAGUCCGGACAUUCUUAAUGAACUAACUUAUCUAUUAAAAGGUGCAAAUAAAUUAGAUUCUAAUAUUCUUACAAUUCAAAAUAUUGAAAAAUUUCAACUUUUCAAUGAUUUCUUAACAAUCUUUAAGAAAUUCGGUAAUUCUUUCGUCUUUGCUAAUAACGAAAAUAAUGAAAAUUUAAUAACAUUACUAAUAUCAACUGUAUUAAAGAAAAAUCCAACUUUAAACCUUAUUGAAUCAUUACAAUUUAUUAAAAGUUUGAAAUCUAAUGAUCCAAGUAAUACACAAGAAUUACAAGACGCUAAGAUAUUUUGGUGUAGUCCCUUGAUUAAUUAUCAUGAAUUCGUAAGGAAAAAUAACAUGUUCUGGGGCAUAUCAUCAAAUAUGAAUAAUAAUAAUAAUAAUAAUAUGAUAAACCAACAACAAUUCAAUUAUCAAACUAUAAAUUCUCACUAUGGGAAUGGGAAUAGCUUGUACCAAACACCAAAUUCAAAUAGAACAAGAAAACUAGAUAGUAUAUCACAACAACAACAACAACUCCAACAUGGAUCAUCGUCCUCGUCACCAAAUAAGAGAUCCCGUGGUGAUUAA